AUGGCUGUUCCGACGAUAGCUCUUUACGCGAGCCCGCCGAGUAGCGUCUGCUCGACGCCGCACCCGUGCCAGAUCAAUGCUCACUCAACGUACGAUUUCGAAUUGAGCUCCCGAUCUUCGUCGUCGACAUCGACCGCUUCCACGUCGCAGAAGCCGGUUGUCGGUGGGCUUUCGUGCCUGUUUUCCUCUCAUCCGUUGAAGCACGCCUCCUCGACGUCGAGCUUCUCCGGCGGAGGAGAAGAAUUGGGCAAUUUGGGAUCUCUGUGGCACGACAGAAGCGAAGAAUUGAAGGAAUUGAGUAGCUCCUUUCGCUAUUCUCCGAGCAAAUUCAAUGGGGUUUCUUUGAGCAGUAGGGAUCAGAGCCCUGUUUCGGUAUUUCAGGGCCCGGUUUCGUGCAGCGGGAGCUCGGCGAGAAGCCCUCCGAUGAGGGUCGCCAGGGAAAAGAGUAGUUCUAGUGGGGAGACCAAUCUUCAGAGCUCGUUUCGAUGCGGAAGCAGUGGUUUGUUCAACGGCUUCGUUAGAGGUGCGUUGGGAUCGUCGUGUGUCGAUUUCGAUUCGACGGGUUUCGAGGUGCGAGAAGACAAUUUGGAUGUGGGAUUAUCAGCUGCGCUUGUGGAUGAAUUAACCUUCAACAUUGAGGGUGGUUUUUCAGAGUCCAAUUCCGAGCCGUACGCUAAAGAUUUGCUUCUGGCUGCGCAAUUGCGGCACAAGAUAUUCCGCGAUGAGUUUGUUGUUAAGGCUUUUUACGAGGCCGAAAAGGCCCAUAGAGGGCAGAUGCGAGCAAGUGGUGAUCCGUAUUUGCAGCAUUGUGUGGAAACGGCGGUGUUGCUCGCACUGAUUGGUGCUAAUUCUACGGUGGUUGCUGCAGGGCUUUUACACGAUACGCUUGAUGAUUCUUUGAUAAGUUACGACUACAUUCAUGAGACUUUUGGACAUGGGGUUGCUGAUUUAGUUGGAGGGUUUGAAACGGUAUCUAAGCUGAGCCAGCUGAGUAAGCUUGCCCGUGAUAACAAUACGGCGAGUAAAAUGGUAGAAGCAGAUCGACUGCAUACCAUGUUUCUCGCAAUGGCAGAUGCCAGAGCUGUCCUCAUUAAAUUGGCAGAUCGGUUGCAUAAUAUGAUGACACUGGAUGCACUACCUUUGGAAAAGCAGCAGAGGUUUGCGAAGGAAACUUUGGAGAUUUUUGUUCCUUUGGCCAACCGUUUAGGAAUCUCUACUUGGAAGGAGCAGCUGGAGAAUUUAUGCUUUAAGCACCUCUACCCUAACCAGCACGAAGAUCUCUCCUCCAAGCUUCUUGAGUCCUUUGAUGAGGCAAUGAUUACUUCUGCCGUAAACAAAUUGGAGAAAGCUCUACAGGAUAGAGGCAUUUCGUAUCAUGUUCUCUCAGGACGGCACAAGAGCUUGUAUAGCAUACACUCCAAAAUGUUGAA